CAAGGAUGAUCUUCGCAAUUCUUGUGUGUCUGGUGCCGGCCGUCCUCGGCAACAGCGCAGGACCACCGGUAGGGUCAAGCAACCCGAGCUUGUGCACCGACAUGAUACCGACCGGUCACAACGCUGGGGUUAGUCUGGCCAACGACCAAGACAAUCCUCCCUACGCUAUCGAUACCUCAUCUAGCGAGUACACCCCGAAUGGUUCAUUGACAGUAACAAUCCGUGGACUAGGUGGCAACCAGUUCAAGGGAUUUUUCAUUCAGGCUCGACGGGCCGAUCCAGCUCGAGACAACGAUGUUGCCGUAGGAACAUUUUCCAGCCCUCCUGCAAACACCAAGCUACUCAUGUGCCACAAUGUUGCAAAUUCCGCUUGGGGACAUUCCAACAAUUAUGCAAAAUCCUCAGUCGUUGGGAUUUGGAACGCCCCGGCUCUUGACGAAGGACCGAUCGAGUUCAAGGCAACCAUUGUGAAAGGGGUUCCUAACCGCGGCUACUUUUACACCGGUGUCAAGUCUGCCCAAGUGAGCCCUGUCACCGAUGAGGGCGCUUGGACAGAACCCACCACACAGCAGCCAUCCCCUCCUGUUAUAAUUGAGACCUGGCCCGAUCCAGCAGUCACCAGAAUUCCUACCUUUUCUACAUGGAUCUUCCAUUUCAAAUUCAACCAAAACGUGAACACAAUGCAAGUUGUUGUCCCUGCGACAUUGAAAGCACUGCUAGCUGGAGGGCAAGUGUAUCAUGUGCUGUUGGAUGAGGGUGUGGUAACUGGUCCUGGGCCACGUUAUGCUCCGUCAACUGCUGUUACAGAUCCCGAUUUCUACAAAGUAUUGUACAGUGGCUUGCCAGAUCGUAAGAAUACCAUUUAA